AAAAUUUCGUUAAAAAUGGACCAAGAACUAAUGGAUUUCUUCGACUUUUCGAAGGAAUUCGUACGAAAACAAGCACCGCGCGGACAUGUAUCGAGCAAUGUGCACGCUUUUGUGACGGAAUCUGACGAAUUAGAGAAGCCGAUCAAACGCGAAAUUGUGGGCAAAGACUAUGUGAAGAGCUUUGUCGAAAAAGAGAAGAAGCGCAUGAAUGGGAUAUUCAGUUCUGAUGAAAUGGCGUCAAGGCGCAAUAAAAGCCUCGACGACAUGGACAGCGAUGAGGAAUACGAAGCGUCUCCUGAAAUUCGUACCGAUGCCGAGUUUUACGAAAAGUACUAUUUCAACCUGAAUCGAGACAAAAGUCUUCCGAUCUACGCAAAGCGCGAGGAGAUCAUCAACGCCAUUAACGAGAAUCCCGUUGUGAUCGUAAAGGGUGAGACGGGUUGCGGCAAAACGACGCAGGUACCGCAAUAUAUUUUGGAUGAGGGUUUCAAAAGCAAACAAUAUUGCAAUAUCGUUGUUACCCAGCCUCGCCGCAUUGCUGCCAUUUCCAUAGCGAACCGUGUGUGCCAAGAGCGUCAAUGGCAGCCGGGCACCGUUUGCGGCUAUCAGGUGGGUCUCCACCGGCAGCUGGAACGUUUCGCGGACACACGACUUCUAUAUUGUACUACGGGAGUGCUUCUGAACAUUCUCGUCAACAACAAGACACUCACCCACUAUACACACAUUGUGCUGGACGAGGUGCACGAGCGCGGCCAAGAAAUGGACUUCCUGCUGAUUGUGAUACGCCGCCUUCUGGCCACAAACUCGCGUCACGUGAAGGUCAUCCUGAUGUCGGCGACCAUUAAUCCACGCGAACUGUCCGAUUACUUUGCCAAUGAGAGCAGUGCACCGCCUGUGAUCGCCGCCAGCUAUGGACGCAACUUUACUGUGGAGAAGUACUAUCGCGACCAAUUGCAAAGCAUUAACUGGGAGGGCCAUCAGGAGGAUAUAAACAGUCCAGGAAUUACGCAGGAGGGCUACAGAUCAGCCAUUAAAACCAUUUUGGUCAUUGACAACAUGGAGCGCAACGAAAGAGGCACCGGGAAGAGUUACAAUCAGUCCUUGCGUGAGGGUUCCAUUCUCAUCUUCCUGCCCGGCGUUGGAGAAAUAAACAACAUGUCAGAUAUGCUCAAGGACAUGGCGAAUCAUGAUCCCAUCAUGAAGUUCAAUAUGGUGCGCUGCCAUUCCCUGAUGACGUCCGAGGAUCAACGGGAAAUCUUUCAACCAUCACCUCCCGGUUAUCGCAAGAUCAUAAUGGCCACCAAUGUUGCCGAAAGUUCCAUUACCGUUCCGGAUGUAUCAUAUAUCAUAGAUUUUUGUUUAGAGAAAGUACUGGUCACCGAUACGUCCACAAAUUUUAGCAGCCUGCGGCUUGCGUGGGCCUCAAAGACCAACUGUCGCCAGCGCGCCGGACGCGUUGGUCGUCUUCGAAACGGUCGUGUUUAUCGCAUGGUCACCAAAUCAUUCUAUCAACGAGAGCUAUCGGAGUAUAGCGUGCCGGAGAUGCUUCGCUCACCAUUGCAGAAUUGUGUGCUCAAGGCCAAAGAGCUGAAAAUGGGCACCCCGGUUGAGAUGCUGGCCUUGGCACUGUCACCGCCGAAUCUCUCGGAUAUCUGCAACACCAUACUGAUGCUCAAGGAAGUGGGCGCUCUCUUCCCCACUAUGGAUGGCACUUACGACCCCAGGGAUGGUGACAUUACCUAUUGGGGUACUAUUAUGUCUAAGCUGCCGCUAGACACGCACCUGAGUCGACUCAUAAUAUUGGGUUAUGUAUUCAAUCUUGUGGACGAAGCGAUCAUUAUAGCCGCUGGUUUAACGGUGCGUGGCAUUUAUAUAGAUAGUGCGCGAUUAGGAGCUGACAACUAUUGGAUGCAUUAUGUUUUUGCCGAUGGCUCUGGUUCCGAUUUGGUGGGCAUUUGGCGCGUCUACUUGACCUACUUGAACAUGUGCGAGAAUGGACUACAAAAGGAUGCAUCUAUACAAUGGGCCAAGCGCUUCCAUCUCUCGUUGCGAGCGUUGAGCGAGAUGCAUUUGUUAGUGCAGGACCUACGCUUGCGCUGCGAAAAACUUUCCUUGCUGCCGUUAAACUUCCCCACCCACCGGAUCUCCGAUGAUCGCGAGAAAGCUAUAAUGCUCAAGGUCAUUAUUGCUGGGUCUUUCUAUCCCAACUACUUUGUGCAAUCAAAGUCAACGUCAGGCGACGAUCGUAAUAUGUUCUCGGUGAUCUCUGGAUUGGAUCCCUGCCGCACCGUAUACUUCACCAGCUUCACCGACCGUACCAUGGGAGAGCUGUACACGCGCAAAGUCAAGCAGCUGUUCCCCGAGGCACAGAUACCGCCCGAAAACAUGGAUGUGACCUUUGGACAGGGCUCGGAGAAGAUUUUUGUUACCUUCAAGAAUGAUAUCUACAAGCCCGAGGGCACCACAUAUGUUCAUGUCCCUGGGCGCAUCAAAGCGGAGGUUUACAAGGCCUUACGCUUGCGAACAUAUUGCAAUCAGCAUUCACUGCGAGUCAUGGAACCAAUGAAUGCCCUAAAGUAUGUGAAGGACAAAAAGAUAGGGAAGAUCGUCGAGGGUCGUUGGAUUCCCCCUUCCAAGCCAGUGGCCGUGGAGCUUCUGGCCCUGCCGUCUCUCUUCGACAAGAUUAUAAUCGGAAGGAUUACAAAUAUUGUGAGCUGUGGAAAGUUCUUUUUUCAACCAGAAUCAUUUGAGAACUGCAUUGCCAACAUGUCGGAGCAUUUCAAUAACCCACAGCAGUUGCAAAAUUGUGUGAGAAAUGCGGGGGCCAUAACCAAGGGGCUAAUGUUGCUGGCCAAACGCCAAGGGAAGUACCAGCGUGCAACUGUGGUUCGUGUGGAUACGCAGGACAGUCGGAAUGUGAGGUUUUACGUUCGUUUCGUUGACUAUGGAGAUAUUGAAAGGCUGCCGAUGGCCCAGCUGCGUCUGAUGUCCCAGGAUUUGUUGCGGCACUAUCGCGAUUUGCCGCCGCGUUUGUUUGAGUGUCGGUUGGCCCUGGUGCAGCCGGCGUCGAUGGUCAGCACAUAUAACGCCUGGCCGCAGAAGGCCGACGAUAUGCUACAUGCCCUGGCCAAGGGCGGUCGCGUCCAACUAGAGAUUUACUCUCUGGUACAGAACGUGGCGGCAGUGAUGAUACACUUGCGGGAAGGAAACCUCAAUGAACUGUUGGUUAAGGAGAAAUUGGCCCGUCGCACCGAUGAGGAUUACAUGUCCCGCGUGGAUCAUGAUUUUCGUAUGCGCAAACAGGAAUGCCGAGGCUAUGUAUCACAGCAAGAGCGGCAGCAAGUAAAUGAAGAGUAUCUGCGGUCCAAGCAGCUGCCACAGGAUAUGGACUUAUCUCCGCCACCGCCAGAGGAAUGCAACUCGUUGAUUACACUCAAGGGACCCUUCAGCACUCUAGAAUCGAGAGUAUUCUCCACCAUGCGUUCGGGCAUGUCCAAAACGGUGAGAAUCGAUCCUUGCUCGGUGAAUUUCGUGCUCCUGGAUACUGAACCGCAGGAUCAACACGCCAAGAUGGUUGUGGCCGCUAGUAUAAGCGCGGCUGGCCGACACAAUGAUGUUUUAACUCUACGUAGCACCAGCAUAAUGCCCAACAUACCGGGUUUCGCAGCAAUUAUGACCCUGAUAUUCUGCCCACGUGCACAGCUUAAAGCCAACACGGCAAACAGCCGAUAUGUGUCGAUAUUGGCCGGAAUUGGGUACCAUCCACAAACAAUGCAAUCUUACUAUGAAGAUCAUGAUUUGGUAAUAAACUUGGAUGUGAACAUAGACGAGCAUGAUGUUCUUCUGAUCAAUCAAAUCCGCUACAUGAUUGAUAGCGCAUUCUUCAACCUUGAGGGUGAACUGCAUCCAACAGCUGGUCAUGCCGACCGCGUUCUAAUACAUAAUACAAUUUAUCCCGCACUCAAUCGACUUUUGAGCAAGAAUCGAAACUUUAUUGAGUGCAAUCCGAAUAGCAGCGACUACGUAUGGCAAGAUAUGGAGGAGUCCGGAGAGCCGGACCCGCAGCCGUAUGGAAGACGUUCCAUAUUCCCCAUGCACACCAUUCCCGAGCUGCACGAAGAGAAGAUGGACACUGUUUUGGAUUUGAUUGCGAACUGCAAAGAGAUGUACGAUUAUCGUAACUUUGAAGGCUCUUUCGAUCCCAUGACCUGCAGUCUGUGCAAACAGUAUUUGGAAUCGGUGGCAGAGCUUCGUUUGCAUCUGCUCACCCAGCUGCAUCUCGAUCGUGAGAAGGAGGUCGGCUACCCUAUUGAUUAGGGCUAAAAAAUUGCAUAUUAAUCUACCAUUUGACGCGAGCUUAUUAUGUGACUCCAUACUAUUACAACAUUAUAGACAGCAGAAGCUAA